AUGUCUGGCCUUAUGUUUGGAGUCAUACCAACCGGGCAACAGCUUAUGACUGAUCCUACAUCUACGCCUUCCCCAACGUCAUUUCUGUACACUCUGCCAGACAACAGGCCAUUUUCCCAUGUCAUGGUAAUUUUGCUUCCCAAUGUUAAUCUCCCUGUUAACACUGCGGCGGCGAUCUACCUCGCAACAGCAAAGGAUGUCGCUGCCGCAGCAGAAUCAGGCAGUACGCCAAACUUCAGAUUUCUCGGGGGUAUAGGCGCUGGCAAAGAAAGUGCACUUUUCAAAGUCAGUUCCAAUUCGAGCCAAGAUAGUGGCAGUGAAGCAAACGACGGGAUUGUGAUCGGAGUUUCUCUCGAGCCGGCUGAGUCUGUCGGACAACGGUUGGAGCAACUGGCAGCAGAAAAGGAAGCAAACAGCUCAGAUCCGGGCUCCAGCAAGACGCAGAUGACCACAAUCGUUCUCGCACAGCGCAUAAUUCAAAAUGCAUACAAUGCAUUGGCAAGCUUCACCCAGUCUGUAGGUUCUGAAGGCGUCGAAGUUGUCCCCCUCCGAGCAUUUGACGAUUGGUGGCGGAAAUUCGAAAGUCGAAUUCGCAACGACCCCAAUUACCUCGCAAAGCUGCAAGACUAA